AUGUCAUGUUCAGCGGCUGUCACCAACCGCCAUUCGUUGCCCGACCAUCUCUCUCUUAUACCUAUCCAGCCUUUCCACACUCGCCCUUUCCAUGCGACCGCCGCCGUCGGAGUAUUAUUCGCACUCGCGCCAUGUCCGUCGUCUGAUAUCGAUAAAGUUGAAGAGAUUAAAAGACUGCGAGAGAGGCUCAAGGCGGCUGAUGCACACAUUAUAUAUCCCACACGAGGCGUACUCAAGCCCAGCAACCCGCUCGACCACAUAUCAGUUGGAGACAAACAUGCCGAUCUGUGUCUCGCCAAUGCGCCCGACGACGCCUGGAUCGCCAGGAGACUGAUAGAAAGCGUGCCGGUGUUGAUCGUGCUCGCACGGCGGAUGGGCGCCAAGGCCCGAUGGAGCGAAGGCCGAGCGAUCACCGGGAUAAUCGUGCAACUUGGCUUUGACGAUCUCUGUUUAGGACCCGGGGCGUUCGGGAUGACCGAGAUCGACUCGCCGAUCAUCCCAACUGAGAUGUUACCUGUGCCUUUGUCGAACGUAACGCCCAACAUGAACCUGCCAACGCCGAACCCUGCGAACGAUAGUGGGUCUGGGCCGGAUGCGUUUAGCGCUUCGGGGCUGACGUUCAACGCGGACGGGAGUAUCAACCUUGGACUGGCGGAUGAGGGUGGAGCGUACAAUGCCGGGUUUGGAUCGGAUCCGGGUUCGGGAUCAGGUUCUGGCCUGGGUAAAGGCGCUAGCUCAUCUGGUCAGACGUUUCCGAGAUCGAUUCGUAGUCCGUCGUUCAUGUUCAGCGCUGGAUCCAGCGUAGACCCAGUGAACGAACAUACGCGUACUCGGCCACCACGAAGAGGUCGAGGUCGGGCGGGGAACUGA